AGCUUAAAAAAAGUGUGACCAAUGUAGUUGACGUUUGUGCAUCUGCCCUAAGAUUGCUAACAAAAUGUAGUGAUGUGAAACUUGAUAAUAAUAUAAUGUGAUGUAUAUUCUUAAGAAUGCUCUACAUUAAUGAGUGCGUAACGGCAUUCCAAUAUUGCUAAAACUCGCUGAAGCAUUUGCCAAACGCUACAAAACUAUGAGUUGUCACUACGCGGAGUCGGAGUCUUCGCAGUCCGAGAGCAAAAUGGACAUCUCCGAGACGCCAACGGACUCCACAGGCGUUUCACCGCUGGCCGAUGAGCAGGCCAACGAUGCCACCAUGCCAAAUAAAAUCGAGGAUGAGCGAGAGAAUAUCGAAAACAAGAACUCAUCAACGCUUGAUAAUCGCAUAAUACGUCCGGAAUUGCUGCCACAACGACAAAUAGGUGAACGCAUGCUGACGCUGGCCAACAGCCAUCCGCUGAUGUCGCCCACAAACACGGACUCCGAUUCGGAGCCAUUUCAGGGCAAGUGCAAGAAUUUCCCCGAUGUUGUGCCGCGCACAGAGCAGGCAACAACCGAAGCGGUGCGCAAUACACUGAAUCAACAGAACAAUAUGCGGGUGAAGCCACAGGAUGCCAAGGUGUGUUUGCUUCGCGCCAAUAGCCCUGAUUUACUGAGCAGCGAGUCGGAUGCGGAUGUUUCACAGUAUUUGGCUGCUGUGGAGUCCAAUUUCCAGUCGGUUUCACUGCUGCCCAAUGUGAACAAUAAAGCGUCGCGCAAAACGAAACGAUCGAGUGGUGCAGCGGUUGUCGGGGAGGAUAUAUCCAGUUUGGAUUCCAUAUCAAAUCACAGUUUCGACGACGACGAAGACAUCGAGCAUAAUUUGGCCUCGCUGAGUCCAUCGAGUUCGCUGAUCGAUGGCUUGGAUGGUGAGGAUGAUGAUGAUGACGAUGAGUGUGAGGGUCCCGAACUGCUGCCCGACAACGAUGACGAGUUGGAUGACUUUGGCAUGACCACAACGCCAACACCGCAUGCAACCGCUGUUGGUUCCGGAGGAGCUGCUUCGUCGGAGCUGCCACAGUAUACAGCAGAUGAGGAACGACGUGAUUCCCGCAAUUGGCAAAAGAUUACGUUGCCCGAUGGACGCACCCGCGAAAUCGAUAUGCGCGUCAUUGAGCCCUAUAAGCGUGUGCUCUCUCAUGGCGGCUAUUUGAAAGCCGGCGGACAGAAUGCGAUUGUCAUAUUCUGCGCUUGUCACUUGCCGGACAGAUCGCGUGCCGAUUACAGCUAUGUUAUGGACAAUCUUUUUCUGUAUGUAGUCAAGACACUGGAGCAGCUCGUCACUGAUGACUAUGUGCUUAUCUAUUUGCAUGGCGGCUCCAGUCGACGCAAUGUGCCUCCAUUUCCAUGGCUAAAACGUUGCUACCAACUGUUGGAUCGUCGCUUGCGCAAGAGUCUGAAGCACAUGUAUUUGGUGCAUCCCACAUUUUGGAUUAAAUCCUUGGUCUGGAUGGCGCGCCCCUUUGUCAGCACAAAAUUCUGGCGCAAGCUCAUCUAUGUAAAAUCUCUGGAGGAACUGGGCCUGCAUGUGGUUGUGGAGAAGGCAGCCAUACCAGAGAAAGUUAAGCAAUACGAUGCCAAACGACAUUGAGCUGCACAACAGCAGACUCAUUGAUUGAUUUGGCCAACUGCUAGCUCAGGCUUGAUUCAAUCGCAACGCAAACAUUCAUACACGCUCGCAUUUGUGUUUCUGCAUUCCUCGUAAGGUCUAUUUGAAACUAGUAUAAUUAAUAUGGCUCUCAGUUUUUGUAUUUAUUUGAACUUUCGCUAUGCUUUAAUUUAAGAUCUCAAUCUUUGUGAUACUUUAUUUUUAUUUUGCCUUUCUCAACUCAUGUGCUUUUUUUACCCUCUAUAUGUGCUAUGUAAUGUAAUUGAUGGCGUUCAACAACAUCGAACAAGUUUUUGAUAGCUUUUACUGGCAGCUGUAAAACUCACAUAAGUAGUAUUACUAACAAAUACACCCAACCACACCACACCACACCGCACCACCCAUCGUAGUUAUAGCAAGCCACUAACGCAUUAUUAUAGGUAAUUAUAUCAUGAUCAUAUAGCUUCCGCUGUAGCUCCAUUUACAUAUACAUAUACAUUUACAUACAUAACUAAUCGUACAAUCUACAAUACAUAUUCAUAUACAUAUACUUUGAGCCUGGUUUUAUAACGUUAACAAAUAUUUAAGCAACAAGAAACCACCAGACUUCCGUACAUGUUACCUUCUUUGUCGUAGCAAAAUAUUAUAUAUAUGAAAGAAAAACAAAACAAAAACAAAAACAUUACGAAAGAAUAACCGCAACUGAAUUUAAAUUUAAGCAAGUUUAUAUUUAAAAAUGUUUAGCUGAAUUUUUGUGUGAAGCUUUUGCAUUGAUUGCAUUGUAUACUUAAAUCGUUAUCAAUCAAGAGCACCAAAAAGAAAAAAACAAGAAAAGACCACUGAGAUGACCCCAUGCCAGUCACAGCUCCUCCUACACAAAACCCAUUAGUAGCUGUUUAGCCUGUAAGUGAACUAGUGACCAUUGUAUUGAAACAACAACAAGAACAAGAACAUGAAAUAAUAUUUGAUAUUUAACUCUACAAUCUCACAUACACAUUAAUGAACAUAUGAACGUAGUUGUGUAACUAUAGUUAAGCAUGUAACCGAUUGAUAUUAAGGAGCGAUCUUUUGUUGGUUUCCUUAUUGCUUCAAUGAUAAUAAUAAAAUGCAAAUAACGAUUUUUUAUUUAUUAUGCAAAAAAAAAA